CUAGAGAGGUUCCGUUCCCAGAGCAGUGUGGCUAUGGAAACUUGCAGCCUGAUAGGCGAUCUGUUCAUAUCAGCAGCUCCCCCUCUGCUCUGCAUCCAAUGAGCUGCACUAGUGACCCCGGCAAGACAUGAUGAGACUGUGGCAACGGGGCAUCCUCAGCACUGUGUGAGAGCCUCACCUGCAGCCAUAUGUCUGUGAGUAUUAACCAGUGCCAGGAGGAGCUUCAACGAGUGAAGCCAGUGAAGGAGAAAUCAGGAGACCAGUCUCCAGCCAUGGAAGGAGCAGUGCAGCUUCUCACUCGGGAUGCUCACAGCAUAUCCCACAAUUCAAAGAGGCACUACCAUGAUGCCUUUGUGUGCAUGAAUAGGAUGCGUCAACGUGGGCUUCUGUGUGACAUUUUGCUCCAUGUGGGGACUAAGGAAAUAAAGGGCCAUAAAGUGGUGCUGGCAUCAUGCAGCCCUUAUUUCCAUGCCAUGUUUACAAAUGAAAUGAGUGAGAGUCGCCAGACACAUGUAACCUUGCACGACAUUGACCCCCAGGCCCUUGAACAACUGGUUCAGUAUGCCUAUACAGCAGAGAUUGUAGUAGGAGAGGGAAAUGUGCAGACUUUACUCCCUGCUGCCAGCCUUCUACAGCUGAAUGGAGUGAGGGACGCCUGCUGUAAGUUUCUACUCAGUCAACUGGAUCCUUCCAACUGCUUGGGGAUCCGUGGUUUUGCAGAUACGCACUCCUGCAGCGAUCUCCUCAAGUCUGCACACAAGUAUGUCCUCCAGCAUUUUGUAGAGGUGUCUAAGACUGAAGAGUUCAUGCUGCUACCACUGAAGCAGGUUCUGGAUCUCAUAUCUAGUGAUAGCCUAAAUGUCCCUUCAGAAGAAGAAGUUUACAGAGCGGUGCUAAACUGGGUGAAACAUGAUGUGGAUGGCAGAAGACAGCAUGUACCACGGUUGAUGAAGUGUGUGCGCCUUCCAUUGUUGGGCAGAGAUUUUCUAAUGAGCAGUGUGGACACCGAGCUGCUUGUGCGUCAUCACUCUGAAUGUAAGGAUCUUCUGAUUGAAGCUCUCAAGUACCAUUUAAUGCCAGAACAACGAGGUGUUCUGAGUAAUAGCCGGACUCGGCCUAGACGCUGUGAGGGUGCCAGCACUGUACUUUUUGCAGUAGGUGGUGGGAGCUUGUUUGCCAUACAUGGUGACUGCGAGGCCUAUGAUACUCGGACUGACCGCUGGCACAUGGUGACAUCAAUGUCAACCAGAAGAGCAAGAGUAGGUGUUGCAGCCAUUGGAAACAAGCUAUAUGCUGUGGGAGGGUAUGAUGGUACAUCUGAUCUUGCCACAGUGGAGUCAUAUGAUCCUGUUACCAAUACUUGGCAGCCUGAGGUUUCCAUGGGAACACGUCGCAGUUGUCUUGGGGUUGCUGUUCUUCAUGGACUGCUGUACGCAGCCGGUGGAUAUGAUGGUGCUUCUUGUUUAAACAGUGCAGAGCGUUAUGAUCCCCUGACUGGCAUGUGGACGUCAAUAGCAGCCAUGAGCACCAGGCGUAGAUAUGUUAGAGUUGCAACACUAGAUGGAAAUCUGUAUGCAGUAGGAGGAUAUGAUAGCUCUUCCCAUCUGGCCACAGUGGAGAAAUAUGAACCACAGAUAAAUACUUGGACCCCUAUUGCUAACAUGCUGAGCCGCCGGAGCAGUGCUGGGGUUGCUGUGCUGGAGGGCAUGCUCUACGUCGCGGGAGGAAAUGAUGGGACGAGUUGUCUUAACUCUGUAGAGAGAUACAGCCCUAAGGCAAACACUUGGGAGAGCGUGGCCCCAAUGAACAUUAGGAGAAGCACUCAUGAUCUUGUAGCAAUGGACGGAUGGCUUUAUGCUGUUGGGGGCAACGAUGGUAGCUCCAGUCUAAACUCCAUCGAGAAAUACAACCCACGAACCAACAAAUGGGUAGCGGCCUCCUGUAUGUUCACGAGGAGAAGCAGCGUUGGGGUGGCAGUCCUUGAACUCCUCAAUUUUCCACCUCCUUCUUCCCCUACCCUUUCGGUCUCCUCCACCAGCCUCUGACAAAGAAAACACUUUUUCUCAUGCAGAAGAGGCCUGCAUAGAUCUGAACAAUGGACUCCAGUGGAUUAAGUCACAGGUUAUACAACUCAACAGGGGUCCUUAUUCCCUGAAUGAGUAAUCUGUGCAUAUGACUUCUUUAGUGCUGGAAAGGUAUGAAAUUCCAUUGCACUGAUACCUCUGCUGUUUUGACUUGACAUUUGAGCCUCAAGUAACAAGAAAUGGAUUACAAGAUCUUUGAGCCCCAAGUAACAAGAAAUGGAUUACAAGAUCUCAGAGAAAUGGAAGAAUAAGGGACAACUGUACACUUUUAACAGGGUUCUCAAGAUCUUGUGGGCUGCAGCUUCUCGGACACCCCCAUCUGGUGACAGAUUCUGGAUGCUGUAGUUCACAAUGCCUGGAGAGAUACAAGUUUGACAUCACUGAUCUGCACUGAGCAAGUCUCUUGAGCAGGAAAGGGGGUUAACCACUCAAACUGGGCCGUCUUCUGUAUCUCCAUAUGUAGCAGUUUACACCGUGACCAUGUGAAUCUGUCAUUAUUCACAUGGAUGCAAAUGAUACGAUGCCCUUUAUUUAUUUGCAGUGAGACCAAUCUGUUUAAAUAGGGUGAUUAGAAAGAUAAAUUAGCCCCAUUUCUGAGAUGAAGUUGUAAGACAUGGUGUCGUGUUUGGUCGACCUCCUCAUCUGGAUAGACAUGAUAUAUGGGGCAAGAAAACCAGGGUGUGUAGCAAGUGUGUAGCACUAAUAUAAGGGACUGGGACUGGAAUGAUUGUGACAGGUCAAACCAGUCCCAGGCUGUUUUAUUUGAACAAUGUUCUGUUUACUCCAUGCUGCUCCAUCGGGUGCUAACAUCAUCAUUCUUGCAAACCCUUUGAUCCUUGAGACAGUUAAGGCACAAUUUGCACGUAACCAUGUAUUCCAGUGCUUCUGAUGAACACUACAACGCUUUCUUAAACCGCUGACAGUAUUUGGGUAUCAUCCAGUAGAUUGUGAAAGAAAACUUUGCACUUUUCGCCAGACUUGCAUUUCCUUCUCAAUUGUUUAAAUGCCCUUUUUCUUUUGCACUUCUUAUGCGCUUUUCACCAGUGGGCAACAUUUUGCAUUACUUUUCUCAAGAGUGAAAUGAUCCCAUUACUAGGAAGUGUUUUCCAUGAAUGUAUUAGUCAUUUACUUUAUUUAUGAAACAUCCCUUCUCUGCAUAUGUGCAAUUUAUACAUAAGAUUAGUUUCAGUGGCCUUAUUGAUUGCCUUGAUGAGGCAUUUUUCCUCACUACAUUUAAUUAUAGCCAUUCUAUUUAGCUGUGGAAGUCAAGGCAAGCAAUGUGGCAGUUUACACUCAUUUGUAUAUUAUUAUACAGAGAAUUCAUACAAUAAGCUAUGCUACCAUGCUGGUUAUUUUAUAUUCUCUUACACAGAAUGCAAACAAUAUCUUCCCUUACGAAUUACUUAUUCAUUUUUGAAAAAAAGAAAAUAAUAUGGUUUUUGCAUAUUCUAAUUUUCUCUUUUAUCCUGCAUGACCUACAUGGCGUUGUUUUUUGUUGGUGGCUUUUAUUAUCUUCUAAGUAUGAUUGCCAUUACCCUAAUAAGGCACAGGGUGACUAGAGGACAAAAUUCCCUUCCCAGGAUGUACUUCUGUCCUCCCUUUUUUUGUUCGGCAGUGCAUCUCACGAUCUUUCAGUACUGACUACAGAUCACUGCACAAACACAAAGCCAAGCAGCGUUAAAGUGCGAACACAUUCUUUCUGGUUCAUCCGAACAGCAGGUUUUGGAUAUGUAUUUUCGUGGAGAGCAGUAAGCCGUGGAUUGCCUUGCAGUGUCUCGGGUUAAAAGAACAUUCAUGGGAAACUAUAAGUUAUAUAUGUAUACAGUAUAUAUAUAUGUAUAUCAGGAUAACAUUUAAGGCAAUACUCCUUAGCUACUGCUUUAUCUAACACCAUAAAACAGACUCCUGCCCAGAAAAUGUAAUCUAAGUAGGAUUGCUUCCUUCUACUUGCUGAAUAAAAUCUGUAUUAUGUAUCAUAUUUUGUACUGACAGAUCAAGAAGUCAGUGCAAAAACACACUCUGAUGGAAGCACAACACUUCGAUUUAUUUUUUACUGUUCAAUUAAAUACCAUGGAGGCAUUACUUCUGGAUGAGUUCCAAUUAUGCUAAAUCGAACACACUGCUUUAUGUUUUAUAAUGUUUUAUUUAUUUGUUUGUUUGUUCCUUGAAAAGACUUUUGCUCCUUUGGUCCUGGUAGAUGAAAACCAACAUGUGAUCUCCAUACAAAGCCAAAUAAAGCUGUAGUACCGGUCACAUCAUGACAAGUGUUGAAUGUGAAAGGCACCAAGCCCAGCACCUCUUCCCUUGUACUGCUACAUCUACAAGUCUGUUAUAUCUAAGAGAUAAUGGCAACUGUAUGUGACUGCAAUAAAAUGAACAUUAUUGGGA